CCUUUCAUCUAUUCCAAAUCAUAGUGUUUUAUGAUUCUUAUGUAUGGCAUGUGAACUAAGUAUUCUUACAUUUGUUUACAGACAUGCAUUCCAUAUAAAUAUAAUAAAAGUAAAGUUCUUUUUUAAAUAUCUACAAAGGAUUUAUUUUACAAAAUAAAUAUUUGUGAAAAUGGCAGAUGACAGCAAUGUAUUAUUUGUGAGAGGAAAUGGAAAUAAAGAUGAUGAUACGGAUAUUGAUUUAGUUUGGGAUGAUACGGCAUUGAUAAAAGCAUAUGAUAAAGCUAUAAAUCUGGCUAAGGAAGAAGUUGCUAAACGAAUUGGUAUUGAUGUUCCAAAUUCUGUUUCUAAAUCAAAAUCACAACAACAGAAACAAUCUCGUAAACAGAAAAAGAAAUGGUGCAUUGGGUCUCCAUGUCGUGCUGUGUAUUCAGAAGAUGGUGAAGUUUAUGAAGCUAUUAUAACAAAGAUUUAUGAAAAUUGUGGGACAUGUAUUGUAAAAUUUGUAGGUUAUGGCAAUACAGAAAAGGUAGAGUUGAGUAGUCUUUUAGAGUCAGAAGGAUUACAAAGUCAAAUUGCUCAGCAAAAGGACGCGUUAGCAGAAAGAUGUAAUGAAGAAAGUAUGGAUCAGAGCGAGACAGAUUGUUCCGAUUCUAGUGCUAAGAAAGUUAAUGGCACAAUUGAUGAAAAAAUGGAAUUUGAUUUUGAAGCAAAAACAUCUAAAAGUUAUAUCAAUUCGGGUCCUUCGUUUAAUUCUUUCUUAAAUAUGAUGCCUCCUGCCCCUCCUUUACCACCUCAAUUAAUGGCUAAGCUUCCAGAAAAUGAUGCUGAUGCUCUUUCAAGUAUGUUAAUGUCGUGGUACAUUAGUGGAUUUCAUACGGGAUACUAUCAUGGUCUGAAACACGCGAGGGACAAUCAUCUGAAAAGAAAGAAUUGUUGAUUUCAUAAGAAAAACAAUUAACUUUAUCACCUACGAGAUAUAUCUCCUUUUCAUAUUUAAUAUGCAUUGUAUUACUAUUAAUGAUAACAAAAAAAAAAAAAAUGUAGUUUCUCACAAGAGAAGAAUUUAUUUAUUUAAUAUUCAA